AUGCAACAAGAGGUACAGUAGUUAGUGUUCUUUCGAGUCGACGCGGAAAUUUUCGUCCUCGCGGCGAAGCCCUCUCUCUGCUCACGUCCGUGCGAUUCUAGGGUUUCAAGAAUCCUCGUUACAGGCACCAAAACCUAGGGAUCUCUAUCACUGGUUUCAGGAGUACUUCCUCGAUCCGUGCGGUUUAUUACAGCCCAGGAAAGAUGCUUCCGCUGUCACUUUUAAAGACGGCUCAAGGGCAUCCCAUGCUGGUGGAGUUGAAGAACGGGGAGACGUACAACGGGCACUUGGUGAAUUGCGAUACGUGGAUGAAUAUUCACCUGCGCGAGGUGAUCUGUACCUCAAAGGAUGGUGAUAGGUUCUGGAGAAUGCCCGAAUGCUACAUUCGUGGGAACACUAUAAAGUAUCUGCGAGUUCCUGAUGAGGUCAUUGACAAGGUUCAAGAAGAAACCACGAAGAGCCGUUCAGAUCGGAAACCACCUGGCGUAGGCCGAGGAAGGGGAAGAGGGAGAGAAGACGGAGGCAGUGGAAAGCCCGGCGGCCGUGGAAAGGAUGACGGGGGCGGCAAGGCUGGUGGCCGCGGAAAGGGUGGAGUAGGUGGGAAAGGUGGCGGCGGAAGAGGCGGAGGACGUGGCCGGGGCUGAUGAGGCCUCAACUUGGAGAGGAGAAUGCCGCUUUUAAAAGGCUUUUCUUUCGGUUUGCAUAGCUAAGCUUAUGAUGGGAAGAAUGCAUUAUUGAUGGCGCAACAUUGCUUCCACUAUAUUUUAUUUUUAUCAACUCGUGCUAGUUUAUGGUCGGUGGAGAAUGCUAGAGAGGAUCUGUAGUUGGGAUGAGGAAGGAAAUUGUGUUCAAGCUGCUUUUCUUGUUUUCGUUUACUCUCUAUGAACAUAAGAAACGUUGGAUGCAUAACCAGUUAUACAACUCUUUCUUAACUUAAA